CGAAGUGUGACGUAGGAGGAAGGAGACGCCAUUAGAGGGAGGUGGAGAGGGAACGCUCUUCGCCUUUCCUCCGGUGCCUGACGUGGUGGCCAAGGCCCUUCAUUCUCGGACUUUCUCUCGGUCCUUCCAGGCCUCGCCCGAGGACGAAGAGGAGCCAGCGGCGGGCCGGUGGCAAGGCGCUGAGCCGGCCGCAGCUGUGAAGGCGCUGCCGCGGCCGUGGGGAGCUCCGCGCGGCUCUAGUGCUCGGGCGGCCGGGAAGCGGCGGGAUGGCUGCGGCCGGCGGCGGAGCGGCGGCGGGCCGAGCCUACUCGUUCAAGGUGGUGCUGCUCGGGGAAGGUUGCGUGGGGAAGACUUCGCUGGUGCUGCGCUACUGCGAGAACAAGUUCAACGACAAGCACAUCACCACUCUGCAGGCAUCUUUCUUAACAAAGAAGUUAAAUAUUGGUGGAAAAAGAGUAAACCUUGCCAUAUGGGAUACAGCAGGUCAAGAGAGAUUCCAUGCAUUGGGUCCAAUUUACUACAGAGAUUCAAAUGGAGCUAUUUUAGUUUAUGAUAUAACAGAUGAAGAUUCUUUUCAAAAGGUAAAAAACUGGGUCAAAGAAUUACGGAAAAUGUUGGGAAAUGAAAUCUGUUUAUGUAUAGUUGGUAAUAAAAUAGACUUGGAAAAGGAGAGACAUGUUUCCAUUCAAGAGGCAGAAUCGUAUGCAGAGUCUGUAGGAGCAAAACAUUAUCAUACUUCCGCCAAACAAAACAAAGGAAUUGAGGAACUUUUUCUUGACCUUUGUAAAAGGAUGAUAGAAACAGCACAAGUGGAUGAGAGGGCAAAAGGCAAUGGCUCCAGUCAACCAGGAGCUGCAAGACGAGGUGUACAGAUUAUUGAUGAUGAGCCUCAAGCCCAGAGUGGUGGUGGAGGAUGCUGUUCUUCUGGAUAACCAUUCACACCUAAGAAAUUAAAAAAAAAAACAAAACUGUGGAUCAUUGCCCUCAACA